GUAGUCGGUAAAUGGACGUUUGAUGUAGUGUAUGUCAAGAUUGUGCUAUUGUGUGUUUACAGUGAUUUAUUGCUUGUAUAUUUAAUCCGAGUUGGAGGAAACACUUUUAAGGAGUAGAUGAAGGUGACAGAAUGUCUCGCAAUAAAGACAAGCAUGAGGGCGCUAGCGCGCGUACCUACCACAUUAUGUCCGAGGCGGAGCGGGCAUCAGGCAGACGCGGGUGCUGGACAACGCUUGAGAUAACAGGAGGUGUGCGCGCUCUAGCGCCCCAACUUUUUCAACUGUCGCACCUCACAGCGUUGUACCUUAACGACAACUCGUUACAACGGAUUCCGCCUGAUAUCAACCAACUGGUCAACCUGCACACACUCGAUAUGUCCAGCAAUAAAUUAAGGACACUGCCUGCUGAGUUAGGAGACCUCAUACAACUCAGAGAGUUACACCUGCACAAUAACUACCUGAGAGUACUGCCAUACGAUCUGGGCAAACUCUUUCACCUCCAACUCCUAGGUCUUCAGGGAAACCCGCUGAGUAAGGAGAUGCUAUCAAUAUACAACGAUAAUAAUGGGACUGCCAAGCUGUUAACGUACCUACUGGAUAACUUACAAGUUACCGCCACUCUACCACCUCAGAGACCUUGGAUUCCCUUAACGAGACCGAAUAGGAGUCGUCCUACUUGUAUAUUCACGGUGAUGUGCUAUAACGUGCUGUGUGACAAAUAUGCGACGAGACAGAUGUACGGCUACUGCCCGAGUUGGGCGCUGGAGUGGGACUAUCGGAAAAAGGGCAUAUUGGACGAGAUACGACAUUAUUCUGCGGAUAUCAUAAGCUUACAGGAGGUGGAAACGGACCAGUUCUACAAUUUCUUUUUACCGGAGUUGAAACAGGACGGCUACGAUGGCAUCUUCUCGCCAAAGUCUCGCGCCAAAACUAUGGCGGAGUCCGAGAGGAAAUACGUGGAUGGAUGCGCUAUAUUCUUCAGAUCUGCUAAAUUUUCACUGGUAAAAGAACACUUAAUCGAAUUCAACCAGUUGGCUAUGGCGAAUAGCGAAGGCUCAGAUAACAUGUUGAAUCGAGUUAUGCCGAAAGACAAUAUCGGUCUGGCUGCCUUGUUGAAGACCAAAGAGGCAGCGUGGGAGAAUGGUGAGAAUUGUCUACCAACGGAGACGUCGGCGCUUUCGCAGCCAAUCCUAGUAUGCACGGCUCACAUUCACUGGGACCCUGAGUUUUGCGAUGUGAAGUUGAUACAAACAAUGAUGCUGAGCAAUGAACUGAGAUCGAUUUUGGAUGAUUCUGCGCGUACGCUGCGAUUGACCGGACAGAAGGACAACGUUCAACUGUUGUUGUGCGGAGAUUUUAAUUCGCUACCUGAUAGUGGUGUAGUCGAGUUCCUCUCGGCAGGGCGUGUAUCCGCCGACCACCGCGACUUCAAAGCGUUAGCCUACGCGAAUUAUCUCCGCCGUAUGCCGGGUUCAGAUCACGAGUUCACGCACAACUUCAAACUCGCUUCCGCCUACAGCGAGGACAUCAUGCCCUACACUAAUUACACGUAUGACUUCAAAGGCAUCAUCGACUAUAUCUUCUAUAGUAAGCAGUCGAUGACCCCUCUGGGUCUUCUGGGGCCUCUGUCGCAGGACUGGUUCCGCGAACACAAAGUCGUCGGCUGUCCGCAUCCGCACAUACCCUCAGAUCAUUUCCCUCUACUAGUAGAACUGGAGAUGUGUCCAACGGCGAGUACCAACUCGAACGGACUAAUUGGACGCAGGUAGCACGCAACGCGCCGACAUGCGGCCGCACAUGGCGCCAAUGCCAUCCACAGGAAUCCUACCCUCAAUUUCAAAAAUCAAAACCAGAAGCUGGACAAAAAUCCAGCACAGCCACCGACUCACAACCAGAAAGAUUCAGCUAAAAAUCGUAAACUGGAUGACCAUCAUUCAGCUCUUCACCAACCGAUCGACAAGAAAGCAGUUGGGAAUGAAAACCAACUGAGCCGCAAUGCAGUAGCCUCCCAGAAGAAGUCUUUUCAUAACCAGAAGGGUCCAAGAAACCAAACUGAAAAUCAUCAGCUUCCGAAAAACCAAGUUGAACAUAAAAAAAUUGAACACCCUAAAUCGGUUAUCCAAGAAAGAAAGCGACAAAAUAUGAACAGAUAAUACAAAAUAAUUUAUGUAUAUGGAAAAUCAAAAUCGACAUCUAGAACUUGACAGUUCGUCACAAUAGCGUAAAGCGGUCUAUAGAUAUCCUGGGGAUAUAUUUCCUUGACGUUUCACAUCAACGCAGAAAUGUAUUAUCCGGAAAACAAACAACUUUAGAUAAAUUUUGUCAUAGCCGCUUCAUUCAGCUAGGGUGACGAAUUUUUUACAAUAUUUAGAAUCCAAAUCCUUAUUCUAAAACACUUAUAGCGAACAAAAUAUAGGUUUCUUUAUGUAUAGUACUCAUUAAGUAGAAAUUUGUAAUAAUGGUUUGUAGAUG